ACAGCAUUCUCAUCUGAAAUAACCAUCACUACAUGCAUCACAUUCAUUCGAAGCCAGCGCACGUUUUUUUCACAAAGUAUCUGUAAAGAACUCGGCAAGGGGGCGGAGUCUCCCAGCUGUAGUCUCCAGUAGUCUAGUGCGCGGAGGAAGGCUGCGCACUCCAGGGAGCUGCGCUGAGCUCAUUGAGACACGGACGCAGGCGGCAGCAGCGAGAGGCACCAUCAGCAUCAAACACAAACCCGCUGUACGGGGCUCGGCAGGCAGCCCCCGUCCCUCCGUCUCUCCGUGCCCAGCCAUGAAACAGACGCUACUGGACCUCAUGAGGAUGAGUAGGAUCUGCCGGAUGGUGCUGGCCACUUGUUUCGGAUCUUUUAUUCUGGUCAUCUUCUACUUCCAAAGUAUGUUCCAACCAGUCAUGAGGCGGAACCCAUUCGCAGUGGAGGGAUGCUGUCGGAAAGGCUCAAGAAACGCUUUGCAGGAGCUGUACAACCCUACGCAGGCCGAGUUCUCCGCGGCAGCGGUUUUGCAUCAGGCCCGGCGAGAUCAGGUAGCGGACACAUGCCGCGCCCACAGCGCGUCCAGUCGCAAGAGACGCGUCCUGACCCCCAACGACCUCAAACACCUGGUGGUGGACGAGGAGCACGAACUCAUCUACUGCUACGUGCCCAAAGUGGCCUGCACCAACUGGAAGAGGGUCAUGAUGGUGCUGAGCGGCCGGGGAAAGUACAGCGACCCGAUGGAGAUUCCGUCCAACGAGGCCCACGUCCCCUCCAACCUCAAGACCCUCAACCAGUACAGCAUCCCCGACAUCAACCACCGCCUCAAGAGCUACAUCAAGUUCCUCUUCGUGCGCGAGCCCUUCGAGAGGUUGGUGUCCGCUUACCGCAACAAGUUCACGCUGCGCUACAACUCCUCCUUCCACAAGCGCUACGGGACAAAGAUCGUGAGGCGGUACCGUAAGAACGCCACGGCCGAGGCGCUGCAGAGCGGCACCGAUGUCAAGUUCCAAGAAUUCGCAGAGUACCUGGUGGACCCGGCGACGCAGAGAGAAGCUCCGCUGAACGAACACUGGCAGACGGUUUACACGCUCUGCCACCCCUGCCACAUCCACUACGACCUGGUGGGCAAAUACGAGACUCUGGAAGAAGACGCCAACUACGUGUUGAAGCUGGCGGGGGUGGGCGACUCGUUGCGCUUCCCGACGUUCGCCAAAUCCACCCGCACAACCGACCAAAUGGCGGCGACGUUUUUCAACAACAUCAGUUCGCAGCAGCAGGGUCAACUUUACCAACUUUACAAACAGGACUUCAUAAUGUUCAACUACUCCACUCCCAGCUACCUGAAACUGCAAUAAACGCCAACAUGGUUGCACGCACACACUCGGAGCUCUGGACGCGUUCGAGCGAUGGGAGAAAGACAGUGGCAAUCUCCACACAGGCAACCAAAUGUAAAGUUGUAUUCAUAUCCGCAUGGACGGUGGCUUUAUUUCCAGAAAAUCGAGGAGCUGUCGGUCAACUGCGAAUAAGGGACAAGUGUGAAGUGUUAAUUGCAGCUUUCUUCGGAGGUCUUAUGAAGUCCUAUAUCCUGAAACCUUUGUCCAUUGAAUUGUAAAAAAAGUGCGAGCUCCUAUUCCCAACCAUCAAAAGCAAUACGACUGAUUCCGAGCCAUACCUGCUCAACCGGUUCGUCUAUGAAUAUACUCGACCAGCCACCCUUACUAUUGAAGUUUAUCAGAAAGGAGCGCCUCGAGAACUUAAGACGCAAUAUUAUAUAAUCAAACUUCCUACUUCUAAUUUAGUGUUCCCUUUGGAAGUUCCCUACGCCUCUCACUUCACUCCCAGUUUUUUAGAUGGCCUUUGUAUGUGUGUAUUUAUACUGUGCAUAUUUAAAGCAAGGCUUUGUAUGCACACUAAAAUAAAUAUGACAAAAAGGCACUGAAUCGUGCCUUGCUGUAGGGGCGUGCCCAAAUGUGAUUGACAGGCAGUGGCUCGCCCCGCCGGGGGACGCAUCCGUAGCGGGAGGUCGCACGGGUGGAAGCUCGGCCCGUUCCCACAAUCCCUCCUCCCUCUGUCGAUUCUCAGUAAAUCUACGGAGUACGGUUGUUUUAUUUUGUUUAUGUUCGUUGUCUUACGAGAAAGUGGCUGCGAGCAGCACAAUGUAAUAUUAUUUGAAUGAUUGUGUGUGAAAUAGAGAUUUAAUAUUUUGUUGGCAGGGACGGAAAGCUUAGAGGUAGAGAUUUUAUAUGAUUUCAUUUUCACAUUUUUUCCGCCUCUCAUGCUAAGCGAUUGCAGAGACGCCUCGCCGGUUGUUUUGUGAGGGGUGUACGAAAACGGGCCGGACUUGGUUUUCUGAGCCGAAUUUUUUUGGCAAAU